CUCACCAUCCCACUGUCUUCUUUGAGUAAUCACUGAGGGAGUUGCCUCUAUAACGGACCAAAAGCUCCAGCAUCCGAAAGCAGAAACGACAAGGUGUACGAGUGGAAUACUGUGGUCAGGAUGAUGUACUACACUGCAUUUGUUACCUUUUUCCUGUUGGGUGUUGCUUCUGCCCAGACUUCCCUUCAGCUUUCCUUCUGUGUGACUAAGGACCAAAACCUGGACAUGUACUGCAAGUUCACUCCAGCUUCAGACCCCAAGCUCCAGAAGAUUUGCUACUACAUGACCGAGAAUAAGUUGGUUGGCUCUACCAACUCGAGCGCCAAUCCAGACAGCACCUUCAAAAACCGUGCCAAUGUCUCUAUAGUGGAAAACAUGUGCAAGCUGAAUUUGAAAGGUUUCUCCGAUGACAAACCCAGAAACUACACCUGUUUCAUCAAACAAAAUGCCAGUGUGUCAGUCUCUGCAGUCGUGGACAAGAGUAAGCUUCAGGCUUGUUCUGCCUGGUGUGUCAUGCAACACAGCGGAGCAGCACUCCUGCUAGCUUUCCUCACUCUUCCAUUAUUGUCAGAGCUACUCUGAGUCAAGAUUGUAUCUCUCGGUACAACAGCAAUCCCUAAAAAGAACCACUUCUAAAUCCUCUAGCACUCUUGUACUUAAACGUAAUCUCUGCGUUUCCUCCCUCGGAAGUUUAUGAAAGAUGAUGCUGAUGUCAAAAACGCUGUCAUAUGAUGCAUGUCCGUGACACAAUGUAAAAUGCUGUAGGCCUGUCUUGGAUGUGAAACUAUUUUUAGUGAACUCACUGUUUGACUGAUUUUUAGUAUGAAUUAUAAAAUAAAGGUUUUAUUGGGAUUG